AUGAACUGUGGUGUAUUACCGGCUUAUUUCAAAUUUCGUAGAAACUUUACGAACAGACAAACAAGUAUUAGGAAUGUCGAAUACCAAUAUUUACAAAGAAGCAAGGUACCUACUAUGCAUUUCCAGAAGUCUUUACCACGUCUGCCUAUUCCCGAAAUCUCGAAGACAGGUGAAAGGUACUUAAAAGCAUUGAGACCUUUGUUAACUGAUGAUCAAUACACGGAAGCUCAGAAAAGGACAUGUGAAUUCAUAAGUAAAGAAGGGAAAAUAUUGCAAGAAAAACUUGUAUCUAAGGACAAAGCUAAUAAGCAUACAAGUUAUAUAUCAGAGUACUGGUUCGACCUUUAUCUCAGAGAUCGCGUAGCUCUUCCUAUCAACUAUAACCCUCUUUUAGUAUUCCAAAAUGAUACUAAACCAGAAUAUAACAACCAACUUGUAAGAGCAACUAAUUUAUUGAUAAGUGCAACAAGGUUCAUGAAUUCAUUGAGAGAAAAUAUUUUGGAGCCUGAGGUUUAUCAUUUACAACCAAAGAAAAGCAAUACUAAUUUGUUUAGGAGUGUGACACGUUCUUUGCCAGAAGCUUUGUCAUGGUAUGGUGCAUAUUUAUUCAAAGCCUUUCCAUUAGACAUGAGCCAGUUUAGUGGGCUCUUUGGGGCAACUCGAAUACCAUUGCCAAAUAAAGAUAAGAUUUACAGGGAUCCAAGUAGUAAACAUGUUCUAGUUCAGAGAAAUGGCAAUUUUUACAUUUUUGAUGUCUUGGAUGCAGAUGGUAAUUUGUUAUCACCUACUGAAAUACUCGGACUCCUGUCAGAAAUAUUAAAUGAAAAUUCACAAGAAGCCAAAUAUCCUUUAGGUAUACUAACGAGUCAAAAUCGUGAUGAGUGGGCAAACCAAAGACAGCAUUUAGAAAAUACUGGCAACAAGGAGGCUUUACAAAAGAUAGACUCUGCUAUUUUUAAUCUAAUCCUAGACGAUAUAAGCAUAAAUGAUGAUAAACAUAAACUACUUCAACAUUUCUUGCAUGGAGAUGGCUUGAACAGAUGGUUUGAUAAGUCUUUUAGUCUUAUUGUGACUAAAGAUGGUUGGUCUGGUAUCAAUUUCGAGCAUUCGUGGGGAGAUGGCGUCGCAGUACUGAGAUUCUUUCAAGAGCUCUAUGGGGAAACAACGUCUAAGCCUUUUGUUCACCCCGAUAGCGUUCCUGUAAAAACCAAUGCAACUGUUAAAAAAUUAGAUUUUAAACUAGACGAUAAAUCAAUUCAUUUUAUAGAAAAAGCCAAAAAAGAAUACAAAGAAUGGUGUGAUUCAUUAAGUAUUGAUUAUAUUCUUUACGAAGGACUUAACAAAGGAGCAUGUAAAAAAUUCAAAGUCAGUCCGGAUUGCAUCAUGCAGCUAGCUUUUCAGGCAGCUUAUUAUUUGCUUCACGGAAGAUAUGUUGGCACAUAUGAAUCCUGUAGUACUUCUGCAUUUAAACAUGGACGAACCGAAACCAUGAGACCGUGUACGGAAAAAACAAAGUUAUUUUGUGAUAAUCUGCAAUUGAAUAAAAUUUCUAAAGAAGAACUGCGUUCUAUUAUGCAAGAAUGUUCAUUAUACCAUACGCAGCUAGUAAAGGAAGCGUCUAUGGGACAAGGUUUUGAUAGGCAUUUGUUCGCUUUGAUGAAACUAGCUGAAGAGAACAAUUUGCCGCGGCCAAAAUUCUAUGAUUCCCAUGAAUAUAAGUUCCUCAAUAAAUCCAUAUUGAGUACAAGUACUCUAUCCGCUCCAAGUGUAAUGGCUGGCGGUUUCGGACCUGUUACUAAAGAAGGCUUCGGAAUCGGAUACUCUGCCUUUCCUGACAAACUGGGUGCUGCUGUGACCAGCUAUAAGGCACAUAAUGAUAGUGCUCAAUUUAUAGAAGCUUUGCACAAGUCGUUCAUCGAUAUUACGGAAAUAUUGUCCGGUUAG